UUGAACGUUGAGGUACCCGCGAUGGCAGCAAAAGGGUUGGCAACAGCAGCGUCAGCUGCGCGGAGGAGGGGCAGAGCGGUUCCAAAGAUUGACUUAUUCUACGAUGUAGCCAGCCCGUACAGCUGGCUGGCAUUCGAGACGCUGAUGCGAUAUCGCGACCUCGGCGUGUGGGACGCCGACAUCACGCUCCGCCCGUUCUUCCUCGGCGGCAUCAUGAAAGCCACAGGAAACAAGCCCCCAGCGACUUUGAAAGCGAAAGGGAAGUACAUGAAGGGAGACCUGGCGAGGAUGGCGAAGUACCAUGGCGCCCCACUCGUGCCCCUCAAGGACCCCCGCGCAAUGUUCGAGACGCUCGCCGCCCAAAGACUGCUAAACGCGGCGGCAGUGGAUGCGCCGGAGCAACUAGAGGGCCUCACCCGCGAACUGUGGACGAGGCUGUGGGGGGGCGGGGGGGACAUUGCCAGCGAGCAGGGUCUCCAGGAGGCGUGCAUGGGGACGGGGAUGGACGCUAGCUCUGCCAGAUCUCUCUUGGCAAGAUCGGGCGAUGCUGACAUCAAGGCUAGGCUCAAAGAGGAGACAGAAGUAGCCCUCCGGAGGGGCGCGUUUGGGGCGCCUUGGAUAUCCCUUCGAACAUGCGCCGACGACGAUGACGAUAGGAAGCCUUGGGAGGCGUUCUUCGGCUGCGAUCGGUUCGACGUGUUGGCGCAGGCCAUGGGACAACCGUGGUUCGGACCCCACCCUAGCCUAUCGAAACUCUAG